AUGGGCGACUCAGCGACGCUAACGUCCGUCCUCGAGACGCAAGCCUCACUCGUGCAAGAAGCCGCGCUUGCCCUCCCGCACCAGUUCUCCCAGUGCACCUACCCCCUCGGGCCCAUUCGCCAAGCCGUUUACCUCUGCAUCACCUGCACGCCCCCCAAUUCAACUACCACACCCGCGCGGGGGAUCUGCGCGGCGUGCUCGAUUGCGUGUCACACCGACCAUGAGCAGCUCGAGCUCUUCCCGAAGCGCGCGUUCCGGUGCGACUGCCCCACGCACGGCCUCGCGCACGCGUGCGCGCUCCAUACGACGGAGGAGCCCGUGAACGAAAGUAAUGAGUACGGGCGGAAUUUCAGGGCGAUAUUCUGCAGGUGUGGGAGGGAGUAUCACGCGGAGCAGGAGAGGGAGACCAUGAUCCAAUGUGUCGCGUGUGAGGAUUGGUUCCACGAAUCGUGUCUGAACCUCCGCGAACGCCCGUCCUCGCGCGAGCCCACACCGUCCCCUGCAGCUGAAGCCGACCCCGAAGGCCUAGUGGACGACGGCGCGUCCGACGCGUCCUCGUCCGGUCUACCCCCGCCACUAGUGCGCGCAAACGAAUACGACGCGCUCGUAUGCAGCGACUGCGUGCGCAAGGUCGACGCCCUCGGCAAGGUCGCGGGCACCCCUGGCGCGCUCAUGGUCGUACGUUCCUCUGAAGUCGAGCCCUGGCGUGUCAUCGGCGCCAUAGAUAAGGAGAACGCGCAGGUCGACAUCGAGGGCAAGGAUGCGCAACGGGAUACGAGUGGGCAGAAAGGGGAAGAGCCUAGCGCGGGCGCGAAGCGGGAGCGAGAUAGCGCUACGGAUGCCGAGCCGUCUGCGAAGAGGGCGCGCCUAUCGCCCGAUGUCGACUCUGCGCCAUGCCUCGCUCCUGCACAAGACCCUCGCGUAGAGGCGUUGCUUGUUGCGCUUGACCGUGGGGCAGAUGAGCUGGCUGUCAAGGAGGACGGGGAUUCUUCGGAGGGAUCUGAAAGAUACCUCGGGGCUGGCGACGUCUUCCUUACAGAGGGCUGGAGGGACCGCUGGUGCCAGUGCAAGAGCUGCCUGCCGUCACUGCAAGCCCGUCCGUACCUGUUGGACGAAGAGGAGACGUACGAGCCACCAGAGGAUCCUGACUCCGGCCUCUCUCUGGAGGAGCUCGGAAUGCGUGCCCUCAACUGUCUACCCCGUGAGCGAGCAAUUGACGGCAUCAUGGCGUUCAAUGCUAUGCGGGACGACCUCAUGCAGCACCUCCGGCCUUUCGCAGAGCGUGGAACUGAAGUGACCGAGGCAGACAUCCGGGGAUUCUUUGACGCGCGGAUACAGGAGCUCCAGUCGAGGCGUCGGGCCCAGUGA